CAGUAUUCAACGAUGAUUGGUACAGUCAAAUUAGGAAAAAGGUAUAUAAAAGCAGCAAAGAUCUUUCCCCAGCAUUUUGGAAUCAUAACAGAAAUAUACAAUGGAUAGAUUUCUUGAUCUCUGGAAAAACAAAGCCAGGAGGAAAAGUAAAAGGCAGAGGAGAGCUGGAGACAGAGGACAGUGGGCCAGUAAAACUGAAUAUGUUCUGGUUGUUGCAGGAAACGUGGUCGGUCUGGGGAACGUGUGGAGGUUUCCUUACCUCUGCUACAAGAAUGGAGGAGGUGCCUUUCUGGUGCCAUAUGGUUUGUUAGCUGUGGUGUGUGGGAUACCUCUGUUUCUACUGGAAACCUCAAUGGGUCAGUACACCCAGGAAGGAUUCAUCACGUCUUGGAGGAAACUCUGUCCACUGGCACAAGGAAUUGGAUUUGGAGAGCUGACGAUUUCACUGUGUUUCUUCAUCUACAUUUUAAUUGAGGCCUGGGCUCUCUUUUACCUGGUGUUCUCGUUCAGAUCCCAGCUCCCCUGGGCCAGCUGUGACAACAUCUGGAACACAGCUCACUGUCUUGGUCUUCAGACUUUCAAUUCAUCUAAUCUGACAAACCAAACAAACACCACCUCUGCUGCAAUUGAGUUCUGGGAACGGAGGGUGCUGGUCGUGUCCGGAGGUAUCGAGGAGCUGGGCAGCGUGAGAUGGGAGCUGGCUCUGUGUCUUCUGGCCUGCUGGGUUUUCUGCUACUUCAGCAUCUGGAAAGGUGUCAGAUCAUCUGGAAAGGUGGCAUAUUUCACAGCCACGUUCCCCUAUGUGAUGCUCAUGGUCCUGCUCAUCAGGGGCCUGACUCUACCUGGAGCUUGGGAAGGAAUUUACUAUUACCUGUAUCCAGAUUUGAAUCGCCUGGCUAACCUUGAGGUGUGGAUAGAGGCUGGAUCUCAAAUAUGUUUCUCCUAUAGCCUGGCAGCAGGGACUCUGAAUGUUCUGGGCAGCUUUAAUGAGUACAACAACAACUGUUACAAAGACUGUUUCUGGCUCUGUCUGCUGAACAGUGGGACCAGUUUUGUUGCUGGAUUCGUCGUCUUCUCUGUCCUUGGUUUCAUGGCUCAGAAACAGGGUGUUACCAUCGACACCGUAGUUGAAUCAGGUCCUGGUUUGGCUUUCAUUGCCUACCCUCAGGCUACAGCUAUGAUGCCUUUACCUCAGUUUUGGACCGUCUGUUUCUUCCUGAUGCUAAUUCUGCUCACUGUUGACACACACUUUGUGAUAGUGGAGAGUUUUAUCACCACAGUGAGCGACUUGUUUCCAAAGUUGUUUCGUGCACCAGUGAGGCGCGAGAUCUUCGUUCUCCUCAUUUGUCUAUCCAGCUUCCUUUUACAUUUGACCCUGGUCACUGAGGGAGGAAUUUACGUUUUCCAACUCAUUGAUUUCUACGGCUCGACCAGAGUCUGUCAGAGUGUUAUUGCUAUGUCUGAAUGCCUGGCUGUGGGCUGGAUAUUUGGUGCAGACUACUUUUGUAACAUCAUUAAGGACAUGACAGGACAGAGACCGUCUGUUUACUUUAAACUGUGCUGGAAAUACGUCAUACCUCUGCUGUCACUGAUUUCCCUCGUCUUGUACCUGGUUGAGUACAAACACCUCAAGAUUAACGACCGGUACGUUUACCCUGCCUGGGCGUACGGACUGGGAUGGACCAUGACUCUCUCCUCUGUUCUCAUGGUGCCACUGUGGGCAGCUGGACAGAUGUGUCGAACAGCAGGAACCUUCAGAGAGCGUUUGUCCGUCCUUUGUCGUCCUGCUGAAGAUCGAGCUUGGCAGAGGAGAGAACGGGGAGAGGAGGCGACGAGUGUGGAACUGAGUGCAUCUGCAGUGACAGCUUAG